GCUGCCGGACGCUCGGCUGCGGCGGGUGGCAGGAGCGCAGGGGGAGCGGGUCGGCUGACCAGCCUUCUCCGCGACCGCGCCACAGGAGCGCGAGCAACUCGGACGCGGGGACCCGGGCUGGCCCCCAAGAUGCCGGCGAUCGUCGUGCUUGCGGCGGCGGCCGCCGCGUGGUGCUUCCUCCAAGUGGAGAGCCGGCACCUGGACGCGCUGGCCGGAGGCGCGGGCCCCCACAACGGCAAUUUCCUAGACAAUGACCAGUGGCUGAGCACCGUCUCCCAGUAUGACCGGGACAAGUACUGGAACCGCUUUCGAGAUGAAGUUGAGGAUGAUUAUUUCAGAAACUGGAAUCCCAACAAGCCCUUUGACCAAGCCCUUGACGCCUCCAAGGACCCCUGUCUGAAGGUGAAAUGCAGCCCUCACAAAGUUUGUGUGACCCAGGACUACCAGACUGCCGUGUGUGUCAGCCGCAAGCACCUGCUCCCCAGGCAAAAGAAGGGGAAUGUGGCCCACAAAUACUGGGUUGGAGCUUCAAAUUUGGUCAAGUGCAAGCCCUGUCCUGCAGCCCAGUCAGCCAUGGUCUGCGGCUCCGACGGCCACACCUAUACAUCCAAGUGCAAAUUGGAGUUUCAUGCUUGUUCAACUGGCAGAAGCCUUACCACCCUCUGUGAUGGGCCCUGUCCGUGUCUCGUGGAACCUGAGCCACCAAAGAACAAGGCAGAAAAGAAUGCCUGCACAGACAAGGAGUUGAGGAACCUCGCUUCUCGGCUGAAAGACUGGUUUGGAGCGCUGCACGAGGAUGCCAAUAGAGUCAUCAAGCCCACCAGCUCUGACACAGCCCAAGGCAGGUUCGACACCAGCAUCCUGCCCAUCUGCAAGGACUCCCUGGGCUGGAUGUUCAACAAGCUGGAUAUGAACUAUGACCUCCUGCUUGACCAGUCGGAGAUCAAUGCUAUCUACCUGGAUAAGUACGAGCCCUGUAUCAAGCCUCUCUUCAAUUCAUGUGACUCCUUCAAGGAUGGCAAGCUCUCUAACAACGAGUGGUGUUACUGCUUCCAGAAGCCUGGAGGUCUCCCUUGUCAGAAUGAAAUGAACAGGAUUCAGAAGCUGAGCAAGGGGAAAAGCCUAUUGGGGGCAUUUAUACCUCGGUGUAAUGAGGAGGGCUAUUACAAAGCCACGCAGUGCCAUGGCAGCACAGGGCAAUGCUGGUGUGUGGAUAAGUACGGGAAUGAGCUGGCUGGCUCCAGGAAACAGGGCACAGUUAGCUGUGAAGAGGAGCAGGAAACCUCAGGGGAUUUUGGCAGUGGCGGCUCUGUGGUCCUGCUGGAUGACCUUGAGGAUGAGCAGGAGCUGGGACCCAAGGACAAGGAGGGGAAGCUGAGGGUGCACACGCGGGCAGUGACAGAGGAUGAUGAGGACGAGGAUGACGACAAAGAGGAUGAGGUUGGGUACAUAUGGUAGUCCCCACGAGGAAGAGGACAUGAGUUUGGCACAAACUUGCAAGUCACUUCCUAUUCCUGCAUUUGUAUCUAAGACUCUGAGGCACCAAGGUCUCUUCUUCAUUGUUGCUCUCUGUGCCCGACCUAAGGUUUGGAAGACAACUCCUUGUUCCCAGAGCAUUCCGAUAAUGAAUACGGUUAUAUGGGAGGAAGAGUGUUGCAUAUUGCUCUGUUUUUUAGACAGGGGAAUGGCUGGCUUAAUUAGAGACUCCUGCCCUCCUGUGAGAAGCAUGUGGUUUAUGUGGAAUUCUGACAAUGCAGGGAGCCCCAACCCUCUUAAACGUCUGAGACCAUUUUUGAUUACCCACACUGGUGGUUAUUACAGCAUGGUUCCCAGCCUUACAGUGUCUUAAGUGCUUUUCUUGUGUCCUGUAGAUGUUGUGGAAAACACACACCUGUACCUUGACCCGCCACCCCUGGUGUUUAUUACAAAAAAUUAGUUUUUCAUGUCACUGUAUUUGGCUUCCUACAAACAACAGCCUUAAUUCAGCCGAGAGUCCCCUUAGGGAAUUCAUUUUAUUUAACAAUGGUGUCUGGAUGCUUCUUGCUGUAUGUGCAUAAAUAUGUAUGUUCAUAAGAGAUUGUGUGUGUAUCUAUGCCUGGCACAAACCAGUACACACACCUUUCAGAAAAAGUGUUUGGGUAUCGAUUAAAACUCAUUUGUAAAACAGUAAUUUUAUCAGCUUGUCCAGACCUGGACACAAUUUCUGGAAUAAGACAUUUAUGUUGAAGUCCUUUUUUUUGCACUAACAGGUAGCACUUAUAGGCUUCUUCUCUAUGCAUCAGCAGAGUUACUGGAAGCCUCUUUGAUUCCAAUAAGCCUAAAUCACUUUUCUUGCAGAAGCCAUGCAACUCCCACAUGGGCAGCUUCACAAGCCAUCUCUUUCAUUUCAGCUCAAAGCCCUCCUUGGGCUGCAGCAGUCCCAUCCGCACAGGUUCCUCCCUUCCCUACUUACUCAAGGGCUUUUUCUAAGGCAUAUAUACAUACAUCCUGUUCUCUGAGAAGACAGUACCAUGGUGUUCCCUUAGAAGAAAACCUAGGAUUCGUAACUCAAUGUUUUCCUUUUCCCCCCUUUCUAUCCACAAAUCAGGAGGGUACCAAAGCUAUAUAGAUCUGUACCACCCAUCAUUUGCAAAGAAUCCCAGAUGGAAGCCUAGAAAGAACUCCAUAGUAGCACAAGGAAGCUAGGGUUGGAUUUUUUAGAUUUAGUCCUAACCCUGCCUCCCCACUCCAAACACACAUGGCUAAGAUACUCAUGAAGAAAGUCCUUCACCACUGUGUGUAUUUUUUCUAAGUUAACUCAUUACUGGGGUCUAGUUCCAAAUUUGGUAGGGUCAUUGUUGUUACCUGCCUUUAGGAUUGAUUGCUCUCCCUAUCAAGCUGGCUCAGAUAUAAGUACCAAAGAAUAGUCUUUAAAGUGGCCCCAUUCAGUUUGGUUCCUGCCCUUAAACCCCUGCCCCACCUGGUUAUCACCUGCCAGGCAAGGCUCUCUGGCCCACAUUGUUCUUCCCUUUCCCACGAGCUGCACCCAAUCCAUAAGACAACCACAGUAACUCAGGCAAAAAUUAUAUUCUGCCAAACCAUAAUCAGAGUAGCAACUGACCAAACCACCUCCUCCAAAUUGACCAUUUGUUUAUACUUUAUCAACAACCUGCCUCAAACUAGCGUUUUCCAGUCCUUGCUUUUGGCUGGACUACAGGAAUUAUCCCUAGAGUAAGCCUCAGAUGGGAAAUGAACAUACCUGAUAUGGCUAACUCCUCUGACUCGAUGGCAUGAGUACAAUCAGGGUCCUUGAUGUACAACUUUUCCCAUAGGGAGACCAUAGGCAAGCUUUUUUCAUUGGGAUCUCAAUCCAUAACCUCUGUUUCAAUUUGUUUUCUCACUUGAACAAAAUUUUGAAAUCACAAUUUAGAAAGCAGGUGCUUAAUUGCAGCUAAAUUAUAAUAAGAGUGUAUAAAAAAAAAAUCAAGACUUUUUUUUUUUUAAAUCUCACUUUAGGCCAAAGAAAACCAUUGUCACUGCUUCCUCUGAGGGUGGAAAAGGCGCAAGAGAACAAAUUAAAAUUGACAAAUUGAUUUCACUUAGAAAAACUUAUAGGAACAGAGUGAACCACUGAUUUUAAUUUGCCUAAUUAUUUUAUGACAAGUGUCAAAUUAAGAUGACACUUAAAAAUCCUGAGCAUUCACUUAAUGACAGGGAAGAGUGCUCAGCAGAGAAUUCCCAGUAAGGUAAUGAGAUGCCAAGAUACUCCAAGAAGAUAUUUUGAUUCAUUAAAAUAUUAAAAACCCUCCUGAGACUGGAACCCAAAAUCAAUAGAGCAACAUUAACAGUGGUUUAAAGGUCUUUAGUACUUUUCACAAAUACUAAAGAUUGAAUUUUGAGUUAUCUUACCCUCAGAAGUAUAAUUUUUGUUUUGCCUUUUUUAAGCAGGAGUUCUGCAGUUACAGUGACCGAGUACACAUGAAAUCCUUUUUUUUUUUUAAAGUUUAUGAUAUUCCAGUCCCUUGUUUGAGGCAGGUAUUGAGUUGAAUCCUUCCUAAUUCACCUGUGGUAACUCCUUAGUGAAUGGCUUUAUUCUUAUUCCAUGAAGGGUUCUAUUAUUGUAAUGUUGUUUCCUUGGUAUUCAAUUUAAAUCCCAGAAUUUUCUUCCAUUGUGGUUAGUUGUCUGGCCUUGUAAUGUCUUUUGGUUUCCACAGAUAUUCCAGGCAUGGGAAUACCUUACCACUGAAUUUGAGGUUUUGUGUAAGUUUCUCCUCCUUGUGCCCGUUUUCCUACCCCCAGCACAGACGGCACCAUGUCUGUCCAGGUCUGCCCCUCUGCUUUCCCAGGAUGCCAUCCAUAUUCGUUGUUUUUUACCUUGACCACACUGUACAGUAACAUCCAAGAGCCCUUUCUACAGUGGGUGGUUUUGGUCUUUUUAUACCUUUUUCUCAAAGUCACUAAUGUUUGUCCCUGUUAAAUGUGUAGCAUUGUAAUGACAGCCCACCAAAUCCUGAGUGUCAGUUUGUUGUCCCUAUUGUAGAUGAAAUAGUGAAGUAGAAAAACCUUGUAAAUUCUGAAUGCCUUUCCACAUAAACUUACCUGGAAUGUGAACAUGACUCUUUGGUUAAUAGUAAAUGCUUAACUGUAGUCCAGAGUAGGUGCAUUUCUGUCUGUCUCAAUAAAUUUUAAUUUGU